AUGUCUUCCUAUUGCUUGGAAGGAAGAAACGGUCAGACCUUCAAAGUAACGUCACAGGAAGCUACAAAGCUGAGUCUGGCAUUCUCAGGGCCUCCACUGACUUCUGCAGAGGAUUGCCGGAAGCUGAGUGAAGAUGUCCAAAACGCCAUUCUUGCAGUUGCCACAGUGUACUACUGGCUCCCCAAGGGCCAAGGUACUACGCUUCGGAAGAUGGUACGAGACGCUACCACUGAAGUAGUGGAAGGAAUGAUCCAACUCACAGAAACAAUUCUCAGUGCUCCAUUGGAGAGCUUGUCUCAGGAACAGCUUAUAUCAACUGGUGGUGUGUGGGAGGCAUGUGAGCAAGUGUCCAGCCUGCCACGAGAUAACCAGGCUGCAGUUGCAUCGGCUCUGGCUGCAUGUCUAGGUGUGGUCAAGGAUGCUCUGGAGGAGAUGGAACAUGCUCUGGUGGAAGGGCAAGACCCCUACAGUGACAUCAUGGAAGAUGAAGAGCUGGGCUUUCGGGGCAACAGAGAUACAUAUUGGUCAGAAGCUGACCGGAAGCUGCUUAGCUCCUGCAUGGGAUUAAUGAAGGCUUCUAAAGCUUGCCUGAAGAAGGUCUUGGGUGUAGUGAAGGCUUAUGGCAAAGUUGAUUCUCCAGAGCAGAUCGCUCAGCUGGAUGACCUUGCAGACAUCGCUAAUGAGAUCAGUCCAAGUGUUGAUGAGCUGGCACUGAGCAUGUAUCCACCUGUGAAUGAGUUAGCUGUGCGACUCAAUGCUGCUAAGUUGGCCUCGGUAUUAAAGAAAGUCUUAGAGAUUACAAAGACAAGCCAUGUAUGUCCGCCAUCAGAGGAAGGCUGGGUGCAGUUUCUAACUGAUGCAGUAGAUCACAACAUGAACAAAAUCAAGAACUUCACACAGGGUCAACUUUAGCUCUUCCGUGUCUACAUGUGUUGCUGCCACUGGCUCUGGCAUAUGCUUUUCCACUGAGUCUCGCUGUUCUCCUGCUACUGAGAG